AGGAAGAAUAUCAACAAGACAAAAGAAGAAGUUGAGGCUACCAUGAACAUCAUCAGUGGAGAGAGAGAAAGCAUCAGUCAGGUAAAAACUGACAUUGACAGAGAGAGAGAAAUACUUUUAAAUGAAAGGGACAAACUUCAGAAUGUGAUGAACAUCACGGCUUUGAAGCAAAAAGAGCAAGAAUUAAAGGAUAAUGACAUCACAAGACAAACUCAAGAACUACAAAUCCAUACGAACUGUGUUUUGGCAGAAAGAGAGGAACUGGAAGUUUUAAGAAAGGACCUCAAAAAUAAGAAACAUGAGGUUGAAGCUGCCAUGAACACCAUGAGUGAAGAGAGAGAACACUUGACUCAGAUGAAGGCUGACAUAGAAAAAGAGAGACAGAUGCUUUUCAAUGAAAAGGACAGAAUUGAAGGACAAUGGUCUGAGCUGAACAUGAGAGAAAAUACACUUGUGAUUAAAGUGAAAUCAAUAGCAACUCUGAAAACAAAAAUUGAAGAUCUUUAUGACAGGAUGAGUGAAGACGUGAAAAACAAAAUCAUGAGAUUGGAACAAAACAAGGAAGACAUACUGAAACUGGCAAGUGUUCUCGAGGAAAAGCAUGAGGCUCUGGAUGUACAUAGAGUUAAUAUGACAUCUUACACUGAGAUACUAGGGAGAGAGAGAGAAGGUUUGAAGAGUGUGAUGUCAGAAAUUCUCAUCCAGAGACAAAACGUUGAACAUCAACUGAAACAAGAGGCUUUGUUGGAACAGACAGAUCUAGUAAAACUAAAGGCAGAACUGGAUCAAAGGACAGAAGAUCUGGAGAGAAGAACUGAAAUGAUGAACCAAGAGAAGCUGGACUUGGAACAAAUGAGAUCUGAAAUCCAGAUACCAUGUGACCUAUUGCAACAAGUUGAACAAGACAUAAAGAUACAAAAAGAACAUUUGGAAAUCACAAAAACUGAACAACAAAAGAUGAAAGAACAUAUAAAUAAUCUGUAUGAUGAAAUACACAGAGAAAAAAACACCAUUAAAGAUCUGACCCUUCACAUUCAGGCACAAAGAAACAAACUUCAAAAUGUCAUUGACAAGGUCACUUUAAAAGAAAAAGAACAAGAGGUCCAUGACGACACAAUCAGAAGACUGAAACAAGAACUGGAGACCAGAGAGAACAGUGUACUUACAGAAAGAAAAGAACUGGAACUUUGGAGGAAGAAUAUCAACAAGACAAAAGAAGAAUUUGAGGCUACCAUGAACAUCAUCUGUGGAGAGAGACAACUGCUUUUGAAUGAAAGGGACAAACUGGAAAAAGAAAGGUCUGAGCUAAUAAUGACAGGAGAACAUGAAAUCAUAUGGAAAAUGGAUGCCAUAGAAACUCUGAAAGUAAAACUCCAAAGGCUGAAUGAAAGAACAAGUGACGACAUCAAACACAAAAUGGACAGUUUACAACAAAACAAUGAAGAUGUAGUAAUUCUGUUUACUGCACUGAAAGAAAAGUUUGCUGAACUUGAAGAACAGAAAGAAAGCAUGGCUUGUUACACUGAGCUGUUGGGAAGAGAAAGGGAGGGUCUGACAAGUGUACUGUCAGAUAUAGUCAUCCAGAAAGAGGACUUUGAAAAUCUAUGGAAGCAAAAGUUUACGACUGAAAAACUCUAUCUCGACAAACUCAAAGCAGAGAUGAAGGAUGAAAGAGAAGAUCUGGACAAAAUGAAUGAGAUGAUACACAGAUCUAAACUGGACUUGGAGCUGAUGAAGUCUGACAUCCAAAAAAAAACUGACCUAUUAGAAAAAGAUGAACAACAUAAGAAAGAUGAAAAGGAGAAAUUGGAAACAACCAAGACUGAGCUACAAAAGAAGAAAGAACAGGCAGACAGUCUUUUUGAAGAUAUAAACAGAGAGAAAGUCAUUAUUAAGGAUCUAACUCUUCAGGUUCAGGCACAAAGAAACAAACUUAAAAAUGUCAUUGACAAGAUCACAUUAAAAGAAAAAGAACAAGAGGUCCAUGACGACACAAUCAGAAGACUGAAACAAGAACUGGAGACCAGAGAGAACAGUGUACAACUUGAUGAACAGAAAGAAAACAUGGCUCGUUACACUGAGCAGUUAGAGAGAGAAAAGGAAGGUCUGACAAAUAUACUGUCAGAUUUGUUCAUCCAGAUACAAUGCAAGGCAAAGCAAUGGAAGCAAAAGAUUGAAUUGGAGAAGCUACAUCUUGACAAAGAUGUAGCUCAGGCAGAGCUGAAGGAAGAGAGAGCAAAUCUGGACAGAGUGAAUGAAAUUAUGAAGAAAGAGAAACUGAUGAGAUCUGAGAUCCUGAAACACCCUAACAUAUUACACCAAGAUGAACAGCAUGUGAAAGAGGGAAAAGACAAGGUGGACAUCCCAAAAGUGGAGCUGCAAAAGAAAAAAGAAAACGCUGAUCUGUUUCAUGUCCUUGGUGAGAUGAACCAAGAAAAAGAACAACUGUAUCAAAUGAACGAGUACAAGUGUACCGAACUUGAUGAACAUGAAAAUAUAAACAAUGGUAAUAAUGAUCUGAUUCAAAGAGAAAAAAAACAUUUGGUGACCUUUGACAAGGCAGUACAGACUGAUGUAGCAAUACAAUGGCUACGAGAGCUUGAAGUGAAGAAACGGGAUUUGAAUAAACUUAAAGAGUAUGAAUGUGAUUCAGAUGUGAUGCAGCCUGAAGAAUUCAAACAUCAACGGAAGAGGGAAAGUCCAGAUGAAGUGGAUCCAGCGGAGAAAAUGUCAAAGAGAGAUUGUUUGCGAAAGAUCUGGAAGGACACGAAAAAAGAACGGCAGGAGAUUGAUCACAUGAAGUGCAGGGGACAUGAAAUAAGAAACCAUCUGGAGAAAAGACUAGCGGGGAUCAAUCAGUUUGUUAAAAGAGCAUGGUUACAGAAAGGGAAGGCACCGCAGGACAAGACAAACCUGGAACAAGGCACGAGUGAGAACACAACAUCUAAAAGUUACUGGGAGAGAGACCAGGAAACACUGGAUGACAAAUACACAGAGCUCCAUCAGCUGAAGGUUCGGAUGCUCUGUGAGAUUGAGAAACUCCACAUCAAAGAAGCUGAGUCUAAGACACUGACAACUUGUGACAAAUCCUAUCAGACUUCCCAGGUGGAUGCAACUAUGGGGAAUGAAGCAGUGCAGGCGACGCAACAAGCCUCUACCAAGACACAUCGAGAGCAGAUGGUGCAAACUUCACAAACAUCCAGUGGACUCCUCAGUCAGCUCCGGCAUUACUGCUAUCGCUGCUGCUGCCCUUGUCCCUGCUGUAGGCAAGUGUGCCGAGAGGAGGAAUGA